AUCUAAGCCAUAGAACAGUAAGCAGACACGUGAAUCCUAACAUUCCUAACCUACGUAUUCCCUGUCGUGAAUUUUUAAAUCUAUUUUAAAAAAUAUCAUUUUUACUGACUUUUGAAUUGUGUUAGGCGUUAACAAUGUAUCAGACCCGAACGAUUGUAAAAAAUGUCCUAACAAGUCACUCUAGUAGUAAACAUUAUAUUGCUUCACUAAAUCUACUUAGAAAAUUUAGUUCAGAUGAUAAAUACAGAAUCAAAGAAGAAUUCCAUGGAAGACCUCUUUAUUUGGAUGUUCAAGCAACCACGCCAUUAGUAAGCAUUUGAUUCUUAAAAACAAAGAUGACUCUCAUUCAAAAAGCUAUUUUCAGGACCCAAGAGUAUUAGAUUCAAUGCUACCCUAUUUUACUCAUUAUUACGGAAAUCCACAUUCUCGAACGCACGCGUAUGGUUGGGAAGCAGAAGCUGCAGUAGAACAAGCUAGGACAUACAUUGCUGAUAUUAUAGGGGCCAAUCCUAAAGAAAUCAUAUUCACUUCAGGAGCAACAGAAAGUAAUAAUAUUGCAGUGAAAGGGGUUGCAAAGUUUUAUGGAGCCAAAAAGAAGCACAUAAUCACUACUCAAACAGAGCAUAAAUGUGUUCUGGAUUCCUGUAGAGCAUUGGAAGCAGAAGGAUUUACAGUCACUUACCUCCCAGUACAAGAAAAUGGUAUAAUUUCUAUGGAAGAUCUGGAUAAAGCAAUUACUCCAGAAACAUCUCUUGUUUCUAUUAUGACAGUGAACAAUGAGAUAGGAGUGAAACAACCUGUCGCAGAAAUUGGAGCUCUCUGUAAACAGAAAAAAGUAUUUUUUCACACCGACGCAGCACAGGCCGUAGGAAAGGUGCCUUUAGAUGUCAAUGAAAUGAAUAUUGACCUGAUGUCAAUAAGUGGGCAUAAGAUUUAUGGACCAAAAGGCAUAGGUGCAAUUUACAUAAGAAGGAGACCUCGCGUCCGUGUCGAGGCGUUGCAAAGUGGAGGCGGUCAAGAGAGGGGCAUUCGAAGUGGCACAGUGCCCGCCCCUCUAGCGGUCGGGAUGGGCGAAGCCUGCCGAUUGGCCAAGAAAGAAAUGGCGUACGAUCAUGCGCAUAUUUGCAAACUGAGCAAGAGGUUGUUAGAUCAAAUUUGUGGUUCUUUGAGUCAUGUUGUCAGAAAUGGAGAUCCUGAACAGAGUUAUGCAGGUUGUAUAAAUUUGUCAUUUGCGUUCGUUGAAGGUGAAUCACUACUUAUGGCUUUAAAAGAUGUAGCACUCUCAAGUGGUUCUGCUUGUACAUCAGCAUCAUUGGAACCAUCUUAUGUUCUUAGGGCAAUAGGAGCAGAUGAAGACUUGGCACAUAGUUCUAUAAGAUUUGGAAUAGGUCGGUUUACAACAGAAGAAGAAAUAGAUUAUACAGCAAAAAAGUGUAUCAAACACGUGACAAGAUUGAGAGAAAUGAGUCCUUUGUGGGAAAUGGUACAAGAAGGUAUUGAUCUCAAAACAAUUCAGUGGUCGCAGCAUUGAACUUUUCCAUGUCUCCUCGUACUGGAGAAAGCUUUAAGUCAUAUUCCAUCACAUUUAUUUGAGAAUGUUUAGGAUACCAUCACAUUACAAAGAUAGUGCAUAGUUCUUUUCGCGUUUUUUUGCGGUUACGUCACAGUGCCAUACAAAAUAGAUAGAGAUUGACUAAUGAUAGCAUGUGCAUAGCUUAACUUACCUGAAAGAAGUUGCACACUGCUACUCGCUAUUGCACACACGCGAAUUGGGUGAUACUGGGCUGUUGUUUUCACUCACUUUCUGAUAAUACUUCCAAUACAGAUUGUAUAUAUAUAUAUAUAUAUAUAUAUAUAUAUAUAUAUAUAAUGCAUAACACAGAAUAUCUAUGUGUGAGAGAGAUAAAUAUGUAUAUGAAAGUAGUUCCCGUAGUUUUACUGUGACCCGCCAAAAACCGUGAAAAGACCCAUAUUUUCAAUUCAGUGUAUAUUUUGUACUCCAGUCAAAGUAAAAAUUUGGUCUACAAACAUUCCCACUGAGCUGAAAAUUGUUGCGACAUUUUAUAUACCAUGAUGAAUAAUAGGUAUAUCAAAACUUCUCAUACAUCCUUUAUUAUUAUUUUAAGACGAUUUAUUAUUAAUAUUAUCCUUGAUGAGAUUUAGUGGAGCAAUGGACUUUCAGAUACUCUUCUGAUCAUAUGUGGCAUAUAUAAUGUGUGUAUCCCAUCAACUGUUCAAUAUGAAAAUAUAUGUGGAAUCAUGGAUGUAUGUGACAUCCUAAAAUACAUAGAGGUUGUGUCAAAAAAGUGUUAGUAUCUUAGAAAGGGAAGUUCGAAAAAAUUCGUACCCACUUGAAAAUUGCUUCAGGGUUUCACAUGUUACAAUUGAUAUGUCAAAAGCCUGAUCCUUGGUGCGCGAAAUUUUCUAUUUCGACGAAGGCUUAAAGCAUUUUCAAGUGUGAACGAAUUUUUCUCGAAAAUACGACUUCCCUCACGUUUAUUCUGAGCGCACUUUAAGCCGACCAGGAUAUCGUCGCCUUAGUAAGAAAACCGCGUAACUCCAUUUUAGUAAAUUUUACAGGAGAAGGAAAAAACGUUUUGUGAGAGUUACAUCAGUGAUCAAAUAUUUUUGAAUUUUGCAUAAAUAUAGAAAAACACAUUAGAUUUAACAUUUCGGGUAAAAAUAUAGAAAUUAUGUGAUUGUAAUGAUUUAAAUAGGAGUUACGCUACUUUCUUAUGAAAAAUUGUAAAAUAAUUGGAGAUACAUGGUUUUCACAAAAGAAAAUAAAUACUAGGUAACUACACAAAACUUAUUUUAUAUUAAACAGAAUACGUAUUUUAAAUCCAAUAAAGAAAUUCAUAACGUUUAAACGAAAAAGUAAACUUACAAAAAAAUCAUAACGAUUAAACGAAAAAGUAACUUUAAAAAACCUAUUCAUACGGAAGUUCUUCAUAAAAUUGAUGAUAAUCUUGUAGAAGUCCUUAUUUCAGAAUUUGGAGGUGCUCAUAUUUCUCCUUCUAAAUUUUUCUGCGUUCUGUGUAUAAAGAUGGCAAAUCGUCAAACUUGCACGGAACCAUUUUUUUAUUCAUUUGGUUUAAUGUACACCAAGCAUCUGUAUGCCUUAUCUUGAAUUGGAUUUCAGUUUGGCAAGUACCUUAGAGUCUUUAUGUCAGUGACAACGGGGUCGCCAGCGACCCUACCUGGACAUAUAGAAGUAUAAAAUUUUAUAGUUCCAUUUUCUUAAAGAAUGAAUGAGUGAGAUAUUUGACAUUAUAUGGAGAUGGACUUGAUCUUGCCUUCUGGCAGUAGUAAGCAUAAUCGGCGGGAAGGUUUAUUUUCCGAUUUCUAAUCUGUAUUUCAAUGGUUGCAUGCACCGAGUCCACCUCCAUCUGAGUAUGACCUUUGAACAAAUACUUUUGAAUCAACACGAUUUUAUGCUGUGCAGCUAAGUUUACAAAUGCGUUAGCUGAUGUUGAGUUGUGGUUUUGACCCAUGCAACCAUCACUAAAAAAAAUCAUUUCACGUAAACCUUCAUUCUUUCUUAUCUCUUGUUCAACAAAAACAGAAAUUAUGCUGGAAAAUUCGUUUGCAGUCAAGGCCCCUUCGCUUUCAUUCCACAGGAAACAAAAUCCUUCAUUGGAUUUCAGGUGAUAAAUAGUGAAGUUGUGUACUACCAGUUUGGUUUUGUAGUACAUUGCAGCGACUGUCGAUUUGGAAGCUAACAACACGCUUUGUAAAUCCAUUGGAUACACGUUUACUGUAACAUCGCUGGUAGAUUUGUCUUUUUCCUUUGAUUGACGUGCCUCUAGCUUUGAAGUUUGGUGUAGGUUAUACUUAUCUUCAGAUAAGUUCUUCGUUUUGUAUGCCUCGCACACGUCGCACAGAUCUUUUUUGGGUUCAGCUCUUCAAAUAUCUUCAUGAACGCAAUUUUCUUUCAUUCCAAGCCAUUGUAUUCCAAAACUUUUGGAAAAUUUUUAAACGGUUUUCUUCCAUCAUUUUUUGACACUGAAUUGCAGAUUUUUGUCUACUAAGAGAACAGAUGCACGGAUUUUCCAAGAACUUCCCUAAAACCAAAAAAAAUAUUUUUUUGUUUUUUGUUGCAUAACACUAUGUACCUGGUUUGUUAAUGUUGUAAUUCCAUGUACCGGUAAUUUCUGUUUUACCUUGGUAAGGCUGACCUCUUAAACGUUAAUAUUUAUUGAUAUUGUAGUUCCAUGAUUCAGACAAUUUUCUCUUCACUUCUAGUUCUUGUAGUAUUUAGGCUGGUAUCGGGAUCGUUUCUUUCUUCGUUGUAAUUGGAAUUAUCUUCAUUGGCAGAGUUACUACUAUCAGAAUCGUUUUCCUCAGGAAUGUAAGAAACAUCCAAGUCAUCGGCGGCGCCGUCGUCGUCUUCAGAAUUAUUCGUGAUAGUAUUAUUGGUGUUAUCUUCGUCUUGCUCCGUUCCUAGAAUCUCUGGAUUGUCCAGUUCAUUGUUCAUGCUAAUGGCAUCAUUUAAAUCGGUCUGCAAGUCAAAAUCGGUCGAAAUACUAGCAUCUUUUAAGCCUGUCGGCACUUCUAAAUGGUUAAAACUGGUCGAGUUAUCAUUGUUUAUGCUAGCAGAAUCGUUUGAGUCUGCCGGAAAUUCUAUAUGAUCAAAACUGUUUAAAAUCUUCGGUGGUGGAACCUCAUUACUAUUUACAAGAGUUUCAUUUAUUUAACUAGAUGGUUGUGCGUGAAUAGGAGACAAAAUUCCAUCUUUUCCAACCUCGUAUUCAACAAUAUCCACACAAGAAUGGCUUGCUUGUUGGUUACUCAACUUCAUUAUAAGUUUUGUGCGAGACGACAUCCUAAAAUUAAAAGUAACUAAUGUAACUAGGUAUCGUUUUUGUUCUGAGACAUUAUUUCUAAUUUAACCGACUUUUUGUAACAAAUUUACUCAUCAGACUUUAAAUUAAAAAAUAACUAGGAUUAAGAAGUUAUACGAAAAAAGAACGGAAAAACGCGUAAGUACAUAAUAAACACAUUUAAUUGAAGUUGGAAAAGCGCGUAUGUCCAUAGCCCGUAAAAAAGUUAUAAUUGAAAUAAAUAUAAUACAUUUUUUAAAUCAAUUAAACUCUUAAAAGUACCAUAACAACCUUACUUUUAUAUUAAAUUAGUUUUUUUACUUCAAAACGUGUUGGUUUUUUUUUCACAAAACUUUCACCAAACUUGCAAGCACCUGCAUACACGCUGGAACUAUGCGAAAACUGGGAGUUACGCGGAUUUCUUAACCAAAAUUUAACACAGGGACAUACGUCAUUUUCUUGAUGUAGUUUUGAGGCGGGAAAUAUUUUUGUGGCAGUUACGUGGAUUCCACACUAGUUAGGUUUGAUGUUUUUUUUAUUAGAUAGCGCUAAAAGGCCAAUAUGCCCCAAACGUGGAGUUACGCGGUUUUCUUACUAAGGCGACGAUAUGUUUGAAUGGUACCAAUCAAUAUUAUAAACUUAUUUUUUUAGUUGUCAGACAUUUCGUGUUCAAGUAUCUUGUAUAAAAACCUUUGGUUGCUCAGGGAAUGAAUUCAUAGAAAAAUCACUGACUGUAUAAGUAAUAUGCAUUUUGGUAUAAGUGGCAUACAUUAAUGCUUUAUAUGUUGUUCAUUGAAUGGUUGAUGGCUUUCCCAUAAUAUAUGCCAUAAAAGAGUACUAAAGCUCAUAAAUAGUGACUCAAGGGAUAGAAGUAAUUGAAUAACUUUUAUAGAUAAUUGUAUCCACUCCUAUUAGAGAAAUAUGACACAAUAUGAUAUUUUUGACAUUUGAACCCAAAUAAAAUAAGGUUCCACUCCAAGCAGUUAUGAGUUUAGAUAUAUUAUCCAUAAUGGUGUAACUUAAGGUAUGUACCAAAUUACAGCUUUGAGGGAAUUUUUACAAAUAUGCAAUAUUUUGUCUGGGCUAUUGUGGAGGCUAUCAUAUUGAUGGUUAUACAUACGAUAAAAAUCAUAACAUUUAUAAACUGUAUUUGAAGAGCGUUUUAUAGCAAAAUCGUGUUAACGAAAUAUGCAUUUUAUAUCAAAGAUCAACUGUUGUGUGAUACCCUGAGGUAUCUCAAAUUGCCGAUAAUCAAUAUUUACUUUGAAAUAGAAAAGUGUCUAUGAUCUAUUUCCAUAUUAUCAAAUGAUUUCAAACUCUUGAUUAUGUUGGUGAAUAUGUAUUAGAAAUACUGAAUUUCUUGUAAUUCAUUCUUUUUCAUGGUCAUUUAAUUGUAUCACCUUGAAUACCUUAAGCAAUGAUUUUUUUUUUGAAGUAUUUAGGAACUCAGAUGUAUACAGAGCAAGUU